UCGUCAAAGUGUCCGAGCGGAACAGGCAGUCUCUCUUGCUGUCUGCAAUUCGCAAUGGCUUCCUUCACAACAUCUUCUUCUUCCUUGCUUCUCCCCAAGACCCUACUUCCCUCAAGCCACCUGGCACGUUUCCCUACACUCUCCUCCAGCAUCCGCCUCACCGAAAAAAGGAAUCCUCUGCCCCGGAGCAUCAUCUCCGCCGCCGGGUCUCGGCGUCGGGUGGCGAUGGUCAAGGCUGCGACGGUGGAUUCGGAUUACUCGUCGAGAAGGAGCAGCAGCAACGAGCAGAGGGAGACGAUAAUGCUUCCAGGGUGCGACUACAAUCACUGGCUGAUAGUGAUGGAGUUCCCCAAGGAUCCAGCGCCAACGAGGGAGCAGAUGAUUGAUACUUACCUCAACACUCUUGCUACUGUUCUUGGAAGUAUGGAAGAGGCAAAGAAGAAUAUGUAUGCAUUCAGUACUACCACCUAUACUGGAUUCCAAUGCACCAUCGACGAAGAAACAUCUGAGAAGUUCAAGGGUUUGCCAGGAGUUCUCUGGGUUUUGCCUGACUCCUACAUAGAUGUCAAGAACAAGGACUAUGGAGGCGACAAGUACAUCAAUGGAGAGAUUAUCCCCUGCACAUACCCAACAUACCAACCAAAGCAGCGCAAUAACUCCAAGUAUCAAAGUAAGAGGUACGAGAGAAAAAGAGACGGCCCACCACCUCCUGAGCAGCAGAGGAAACCAAGACAAGCGCCACCACCAGCCGCUUCUGAUUCCUCUUGAACGUCAAAGCCCUUUUGUACUAGGAGCGUGCGAGAUUUUGAUUGAUUGAUUUGGUUAGUAGUCCCUCCUAGCUUAUUCAAACCGGAUGUAAAAUCGUCGUUUGGAACAAUAUAUAAGACAUGCCAUGUGGUUUAGUUUCCUGUUCUGUCCGGUUAACUUGUAGCAAGGUAUUCAAAUCAUCAAUAUUUGUUAGGUUGGAA